AUGGUUAAUUAGUUGCCUUAAAGAUAAUUUAUUUCUGCUUACUAAAUUUUUUAUAAAGAAUAGGCUUAAAUUCUGAUGUAAAAUGGAGUUGGCAUUAAUAUGGUUGGUUCUUUAUUAUAAACUAAAUGGGAAUAACUAACUUAGGAUAAGCAGAGACAUUAUCAAGAAUUAUUUGAAAAUUUUGAAGUGAAAUAUUUAGAGUAAUUAAAUGAAUUUAAAAAAUUAAAUCGAAUGUUGAAAUACUCAAAAAAGAUUGAAAAAUAAAUUAUAAAACCUAGGAAACCUUAAAUUCCGUAAAUAAAUUAUGUUAUUGAAAAUCGAUAUAAAUAUAAUAGAAAAUUAUACAGCCAAACAUAAAUUUAUAUUGAAUUAAUUUAGGAAUUUGGAAUAUAAAGAUAAGAAGUAAAAGAAUAGUUGGAAUUAGAAUAUGAGACUAAAUAAAUAAUAUACAAUGAUGAAAUGAUGAAGCUGCUUAAGUAAAUUAAAUUAUAAUUUAAUUAUAUUAUUAGGCAUAAUUGUUAGAAGUAUUAAGAUUUGAAAGAGAAAUUAUAAAAGAAUUUAUAAUAGGAAAUGAAAGUAAUAGAAUCGAAUUACAAUGAAUAAGAAAAAGAGAAAUUUGCAGUAGAAAUAUAAAGUGAUAAACACAUAAUGAAAAGGAAAGUAAGUUUAAGUGGCAAUAAAUAUAAGGAAGUUUAUAUAAAUAAAAGUGGAAUUUCUAUAAAAGAACUUAGUUUGAAUACAUUAGAAGAACCAUAAUAAAGAAAGACAGUUUUAUGA